AUGAAAUACACUGCCGCUCUUCUCGCUGGCGGUGCGGCUUCGGUUGCCCACGCCAGCGCCUUCUGCGCCAACGCGGUCCAAGAUACUAUCGGCAACUAUUACUGUCCCGGCGCAGUCGCGCAAAUCAAAUACACCGGCCUCGAUAUCCCAGGCAAGUAUCGCAAAGUUGCCUCUAUGGACAAUUCGGGUCUUUGCAUCUUCGAGGACCAAACAUAUUCCGGCCCUAUUGCUCCUUACGACGAGGACCUGUCCUUGCAGUUCCGUGGGCCGAUGGUGUUGAGCAACGUCGCUGUCUACCAUCCCACAUCCUCCAACAGCAAGCGCAAUACCCCCAGAACUUCCCAGUCGAAGCGCCACGGGCAUCAGCACAAGCACUUGCACAAGAAGCACGACCAACACAUCGAGGAGAAGCGUGCCGACAUGGUCACAGCUGUCAUCGAUGGGAUUACCCAGACGUGGGAAAACGACUGGUUCGGUGGUGCUGCUACUUCUACCAACCUAGAUCAGCCAUCCAUCCCUACUACCGAAGCUGCUGCUACCCCUACCGUUGCCGCCGCCGAGACCACGCCUGGCGCUCAGCCCAGCUCAUCGCAAAGCUCCUCUUCAGACGCAUCCAACACUCAGGCUACCGAAGCUAGCGACUUUGAGCGAACCGCCUACUACUGCGCCCAGGAUGGAACAGCCGAUGGUCUUGUGUUCCUCGCCAAUGUCGGUACUGAUGGUGUAUCUGGUACUUUUGACAAUGUCUGGGGCUCCAGUCUCGGCUACGUCGACGAGAACGGUGCCGCUGCCGCCUCCUCUCCCACUGUUCUGCAGAAGAGGCAGCUCGCCUCGAACCAAGAGAUUGCCAUCUACUCCGAUAAAGAAUGCACAAAUGGUGACUGUGGCGCCACUCGCCCCAAGUCGGUCGCCUACAAGGGUUUCGCGGGCGCCACCAAGAUCUUCGUCGUCGAGUUCACCAUGCCCGACACGGGCGAGACCGCCGACGGCAAGAACAUGCCCGCCUUCUGGAUCAACAACGGCGCCAUCGGGCGAACCGGCCAGUACACCAGCUGCAACUGCUGGGCUGGUGAUAACGAGAGCCCCCUGCAGGGUAGCUGCGGCGAGUUCGACGUUGUCGAGAUCCUUACCCCCGGCGAGACCAGGGCCAAGUCCACCUUCCACUUCGCUGCCGGCACCGGCGACUCGCACUACUUCGACCGUCCCGUCAACGCGCCUAUGACUGUGGCUGUCGUCUUCGACGCGGCUUCGUCGACUGUCUCUAUCAAGUUCCUCGACAGCUUUGAUUGGAGCACUAGCCUGACCUCUGAUCAGGUCAAUGCCAUGAUAUCGGAUGAGUCGGACGUCAGUAAGCUCAGCUUGAUGACGUUCGGCCGUUGA